AUGGGUGUGGAGCAAGAUGAACACGAAGGAGAGUUCGAGAGGUGUGAGAAGAGGCUGAAAUGCUUCGGGGGUGAAGAACUUUCAGAAGAUGAGAGAGGGGGUAAGCUACCGUUACAGUCGGGUGAUUUCUUCUUCUACCCGAUGGUGCCGUCUUCGAUUGUUGUUUCCGACGCUUUAGAACCUGAUUUUCCCAUUAUUUACGUUAACACCGUCUUCGAAAUGUUCACUGGGUAUCGCGCCCACGAAGUUCUUGGCCGAAACUGCCGGUUCUUGCAAUAUAGAGACCCUCAUGCCCAAAGAAGACAUCCACUUGUUGAUCCUGUUGUUGUUUCCGAGAUUAGAAGGUGUCUUGAGGAAGGCAUUGGAUUUCAAGGUGAGCUUCUCAACUUCAGGAAGGAUGGUACUCCACUGGUGAACAGGCUAAGACUUGCGCCAAUUCAUGGUGAUGAUGGCACAAUUACACAUGUAAUUGGUAUUCAAGUGUUUUCUGAAGCAAAAACAGAUCUCAAUAGUGUAUCAUAUCCAGUGUUCAAAGAAAGUUGCCAGCAGCAAUUUGAUCAGACGGGUUACUACUCUCCAAAGAGUGGACAAUUACAGCAUAGCAGGCAUGAAGAAAUAUGUGGGAUUCUUCAGCUCUCCGAUGAAGUACUGGCUCAGAACAUUUUAUCACGCUUGACACCAAGAGAUGUCGCAUCCAUUGGAUCUGUCUGCAGAAGGAUCUGUCAAUUGACAAAGAAUGAGCAUCUAAGGAAGAUGGUAUGCCAAAAUGCAUGGGGAAGAGAAGUCACAGGUGCACUGGAACUGAUGACGAAGAAGAAAUUAGGGUGGGGUCGUCUUGCUAGGGAACUGACCACUCUUGAAGCUGUUUGUUGGAAGAAGCUUACAGUUGGAGGUGCAGUGGAGCCUUCACGUUGCAAUUUCAGUGCAUGUGCUGCGGGAAAUCGACUUGUAUUGUUUGGAGGGGAGGGGGUUAACAUGCAACCCAUGGAUGACACGUUUGUUCUUAAUCUUGAUGCUGCAAAUCCAGAAUGGCGUCGUGUGAGUGUCAAAUCAUCCCCACCAGGGCGCUGGGGUCAUACUCUCUCCUGCUUGAAUGGUUCCUGGUUGGUGGUAUUUGGUGGCUAUGGCAGGCAGGGAUUGCUAAAUGACGUGUUUGUUCUGGACUUAGAUGCCAAACAGCCAACAUGGAAAGAAGUCUCUGGUGGAACUCCCCCCCUUCCUAGAUCCUGGCAUAGCUCUUGCACAGUAGAAGGCUCAAAGUUGGUUGUUUCAGGUGGUUGCACAGAUGCGGGAGUGCUGCUUAGGGACACAUAUUUGUUGGAUCUCACCAUAGAGAAACCCAUUUGGAAAGAGAUUCCAACUUCAUGGGCUCCUCCCUCUAGAUUGGGACACUCACUCUCGGUUUAUGGAAGGACAAAAAUUUUGAUGUUUGGUGGGCUUGCCAAGAGUGGACACUUGCGGCUACGGUCUGGUGACGCAUACACCAUUGAUUUGGAGGAUGAAAAGCCACAAUGGAGGCAGUUGGAAUGUGGUGCAUUUACUGGUGUAGGUAGCCAGAGUGCUGUGGUUCCUCCUCCUAGACUGGAUCAUGUUGCUGUAAGCAUGCCUUGCGGGCGGAUCAUCAUUUUUGGUGGUUCUAUUGCUGGGCUGCACUCUCCCUCUCAGCUUUUUUUGUUGGAUCCUGCUGAGGAGAAACCGUCAUGGAGGAUUCUCAAUGUUCCUGGGCAACCUCCAAAAUUUGCUUGGGGUCACAGCACCUGCGUGGUUGGAGGUACCAGAGUUUUGGUCCUAGGUGGGCACACUGGGGAAGAAUGGAUCCUUAAUGAAUUGCAUGAGUUGUGCCUAGCUAGCAGACAGGACUCAGAUCCAUGA